UGAAAAUCAAAUACGUAGUAAUUUGUGUCCGAUUCCGCUCAAGCUUGUAUCAUCGUUGAGAAGGCAUUUUCAUUUCGUUUCAAUUUGAAUCCCUGUCUCACAUUUCAACUUCAUUUGGUGUAAAUUUCAUUUCAAUUUCCACUCGUAAGCAUAUUUUAUAACCCGUGAAAAUUUUCCUUUCCCUAUUGUACUUGUCCGUAGCACUAGGUGUCGAGCGAGGCUGUGGGGAAUCUUGUAGUUUGAGUUGAUCUGGUGGGGAAAGGUGAUCAUCAAGUAAUUGCAUCGACGCUGCUGUUGCCGAUUUUCUUCAACUGGAGGCUUGUACCUUCCUCCUUUCUCCUUCUGAACUAUCGUUUUAUCUUUUGGGUUUGUAUCCCAAUUUGAUUGUUGGAUUUUGACUGCUGUUUAGGGUGAUGUAUUUAGGGUUUAGGGUUUAGUUUUGACACGGAUAGAUAUCAAUUAAGGAUUAUUUCCGAUGGUUUCCGGCGUACAUCUUUUUAUUUAAGUUGAGAUAUCCACUCCAUUGUUCACUCGCUCUCUCUCUUCGUUAAGUGUUGAUCAGCUGGUAGAAUGCAAGGGGCAGUUCAAGCUUUUUUGUUACAGGGAAAUACCGUAAAAAACGCUGUCUUGCAACGCAUUCAGGUGGUCAAUCCAAUAAUGCCACCCAUUAUAUUUUGCCGCUUUAAAUUAGUUUCAUCUGCUCGUAUGGAAGAGCAUGGCUUUGAGAGUACCACUAUUGAUGAUAUUUUGAAGGCAAAAGGUAAAGGUGCAGAUGGCUCUUGGCUUUGGUGCACUACAGAUGACACUGUAUACAAUGCUGUGAAGUCGAUGACUCAACACAAUGUCGGUGCUCUGGUGGUUGUAAAUCCUGGGGAGCAGAAAUCAAUUGCGGGUAUCAUCACAGAGAGAGAUUAUCUUAGGAAGAUAAUAGUACAGGGAAGAUCAUCCAAGUCAACUAAAGUUGGGGAUAUCAUGACUGAAGAGAACAAGCUUAUCACGGUCACACCUGAGACCAAAGUUUUGCGAGCAAUGCAAUUGAUGACAGAUAACCGGAUCAGACACAUUCCAGUGAUUGAUGAGAAAGGAAUGGUCGGCAUGGUUUCCAUUGGAGAUGUUGUUCGUGCUGUGGUGAUUGAGCAUCGUGUGGAGUUGGACCGCUUGAAUGCUUACAUACGGGGAGGUUACUAGAUGAUGAGAAAUGUUGUAUGUUUCAACUGUUAAUAUUGCUUACUUGUUGGACGUAUAUAAGCAUGUGGAGAGCUUGUAAAUAUGCUUUGUGUUUUGUGCAUUUCUGUCCUGUUGCUUUAUCACUACCGCAUGUCAAUAUGCAGGGAUGUGUAAUAGUAUCGUGUGGAAUAACUGUAAUAAUAAGCAUUCUCAUGUUGCUUCGU